AUGCUUAAACGGUCUCGCGAUGGCUGCAUUGGCUGCAAACGAGCAAAGGUCAAGUGUGACGAGAUUCGACCGACCUGUGGAACCUGCGCUCGUCGUGGCCACCUCUGCAAUGGCUACGGUGCAAGGCCGCUGAAAUGGCAAAAGGUGAACAAAACGACAUCGGUGGUUGGCCGUAAGAGGAAAAGGAACAGGAACACUCCCACCGUCCUUGUCCUUCCUGACACCGGCAAGUGUAACAAGAGCGUUGCUGGACCGCCUCCGAGCCGACCUGAUGAAGCAAAGAGAGCCAUCAACUUCAAGCAGCCCAAUCCAGUGCAAUGGAGGACGCUAUCAGCAUUUCCGGCCGGUGUUCUGUCACCAACCGACGAGCGCAUCAUCAGCGUCUACUUCCACCGACAUCCGCCAGACAUGGUGAUGAACGAGGAGGGUGACUUCAUGCAUGAGAUGAAUGCCAACGCUCUACUGCUGCUCAAUCACGAUCCACAGGUCGUGAGCGAUACGCUAUGUUGCAUUGGUCAAGUCUACAUUCAGCAAAGCAGUAACGGGUCAAUGGUACCUGCGUUGGAUCGAAAAGGACGCGCGCUGGCAAGACUACAGAAGUUGGCAAACUUGAAGCAUAGUCUAGAGCAGACUGUCUUACUGUUGCUGGGUUUGUGCGCAAUGGAUCUUAUCGACGAUAAAUACGAGCCCGGGAAUUCCGCAAUCCCUCUCCUGCACGCCUACGCCGCGAUGCGCAUUCGGGGGCACAUGAACGCUGGGCUCGAAUUCAGCCAUCUCUCCAAGUACUUUAUCCGGGGGCUCGCUCGGCAAGAGAUGAUUACCGCGCUUGUCCACCGCCGACGAAACUUGAUACAGACCGGUGUCUGGCUUGACGAAGAGUGUCGAACCUCGGCCGAUCGCUUCAUGGGGCUUACAGUCACUUUGAUGCCAUUGUUGGAGGAGCUGUGCGCGCUCGCUGAAGACCUACGAGCUUGUGCAGCGGAUGGUCGUCCAUUUUUGUCAAGAGGAAUUGGAUCAGGCGAGUCCGAGGAUGUUGGGAUCACAUCCUUGGCCUUCACUCCCUCAAACUCGCACCUCGACCGCGCUGCGAACCUGCGCGCCCGCAUCGAGUCAUGGCGGCCGGUAGCAAAUCGAGCAACCUCGGUCCGCUCCCAACAGAAGUUCCUCUACCAAGCCUGUGCCCACCGCUGCGCAGCCCUGCUCUACCUUCACCGACUCUUCCGCCCUGCGGGUUGCUCCGUAGAAGCAGAUCAAGUGGCUCUUGGUAUAGCAUGUGAGAUCCUCCCAUACCUACAGGCACUUCCGGAAGAGAUCCGCACCUCACUCUGGCCGGCCUUCAUGGCUGCUGCCGAGUUGGACGCCCGAGAGGACCGUACUGCCAUUCUUCGUGUGUUCGACAACAUGUAUGGCAGCAGGAAAACGACGACGACGUUGAGAACCAAGGCAUUCGUCGUCGAGAUGAUUUGGAAGGCGAGAGACACUGGGCAGAACUGGGGUUGGAUGGCGCUUGUGGAUCGCCAUCCUUACGAAUGUCUACCGAUCUGA